AUGGCUGAAAUUAAAAUUUUGGGUGAAACAAAGUUAGUUUAUGGUGGUUUUAUAUACUUGCGGUCAAAACGAGGGAUUCAUCCACGUUAUCCGCCAAAAAUUUGGAAUCAGUACCAAGCAGUUCUAACUGGUUCGCAUAAGACCAACAACGUAAGCGAGGGGUGGUACAAUCGCUUCCAGCUUGUCGUUGGAAAACAUCAUCCUGACCUUUUCUCUGCUCUCGGCGAGUUCCAAAAAGAACAAGGUGAUGUAGAGAUAAUGAUCUCAGAGCUGAGUCUAGGGCGAAAAGUAAGAGCUCAGCCAAAAAGAAAAUGGCGAGACUUUCAGAUGCGAAUUAUGGCCAUUACUGCUGACUUUAAUACAUACCAAGAAUUAGAUUUUCUGAAGGCAAUCGCGCAUAAUAUUGUUUUAUGA